UUACUGAAGGUAGGAAAUGCAGGUGAUUAUCAGAGUUUGCCUUUGAUACAGACAUCCUGCUCUGCUGUGGCCCUUUGAACUAACUUUGAUAUGCAAUAAUUAAGAGGGAUUCAACCCCUGGAGGAGAAGCCGCAUGGCCCUGCCUCUUCUCUCCUUCUAUUGAGUCCUUGUUUUGAACUAUUGAUCAAACAGAUUUGAAGGGAUUUGUUGAAGCCUGUGUGGGGCAGGAGAAAGGAACAGAGCGGGGAGGAGGUACAUCUGGUUAUAAAUAGUUUCAGGAGGAACCUGCUGGUCAGACUUUGCUCAGCCAAUUUCAUGCACCUUACUCAAAGGUUUGCUUCCCUUUCAGAAAAAGCAGUGACAGACGACGUGCUGAGCUGCCAGCUUAGUGGAAGCUCUGCUCUGGGUGGAGAGCAGCCUCGCUUUGGUGACGCACAGUGCUGGGACCCUCCAGGAGCCCGGGGAUUGAAGGAUGGUGGUGGCCAUCCUACUGGGGCUGAGCUGGCUCUGCUCUCCCCUGGGAGCUCUGGUCCUGGACUUCAACAACAUCAGGAGCUCUGCCGACCUGCAUGGGGCCUGGAAGGGCUCACAGUGCCUGUCUGACAUGGACUGCAAUACCAGAAAGUUCUGCCUCCAGCCCCGCGAUGAGAAGCCGUUCUGUGCUACGUGUCGUGGGUUGCGGAGGAGGUGCCAGCGAGAUGCCAUGUGCUGCCCUGGGACACUCUGUGUGAACGAUGUUUGUAAUACGAUGGAAGAUGCAACCCCAAUAUUAGAAAGGCAGCUUGAUGAGCAAGAUGGCACACGUGCAGAAGGAACAACUGGGCACCCAGUCCAGGAAAACCAACCUAAGAGGAAGCCAAGUAUUAAGAAAUCACAAGGCAGGAAGGGACAAGAGGGAGAAAGUUGUCUGAGAACUUUUGACUGUGGCCCUGGACUUUGCUGUGCUCGUCAUUUUUGGACGAAAAUUUGUAAGCCAGUCCUUUUGGAGGGACAGGUCUGCUCCAGGAGAGGGCAUAAAGACACUGCUCAAGCUCCAGAAAUCUUCCAGCGUUGCGACUGUGGCCCUGGACUACUGUGUCGAAGCCAACUGACCAGCAAUCAGCAGCAUGCUCGGUUAAGAGUAUGCCAAAAAAUAGAAAAGCUAUAAAUAUUUCAAAAUAAAGAAGAAUCCACAUUGCA